AUGGAGACACCGCUGUGGCAGCCCGAGCCCCCGCUCGAGACCGAGCCCGAGCCCACCCCGCUCCCGCGACCCACGACACAGCAGCCGCGCUCGUCCGUGGUGGUAGACGUAAACUUCGUCAUGGCCGGCGUCCUCUCCACCAUCCUCAUCCUCGCCAUCACGGGCUGUCUCGUCUGCCACCAGCGUAAACAGAGGCAGCGGCAGUGGAACAAGGCCCCUCUCCCGGCCCUCCUCCCCGCCCCGGCACCAACACCCUCUCCCGUCCCACUUGCCCACCUCGACCCACCGCACUGGGAUCCCGUGCCGCCCUACUCGCCCUCGCCGGACGGAAUCUCCCCACCACCCCAGCUGGCGAUGUACUCUCCACCUCGCGCGCCAUCGCCGUAUUCGCCUCCGGGUGCAUACAACCCCGCGCUGCCGUAUCAUGCUCAGCUCUACGCGCCGGCUCCGGCACAUGUCCACGCGUACCCUCCCCCGCUUUUGGCUACGCCUUUGCCAUCUCCGGCGCCACAGGAUCCAGAGCAGGCAGCCCCCGCGGCGCUGGCGCCGCAGAAUCCGUACUCCCCCGCAGAAUCGCCCUCGCUACUCGUCCCAUUUGCGGUCACACCCACUCCCCAACUCGCAAGCUCACCGGCCCAAAGUGCCCAGCUUGUCAGUGUGCCAAACCCAACCGCUGUGGCUCCGGCUGCGACUUCCGACGAGGCGGAGGUGGCGGAGAGGACUAAAUAG